CGCCUCCGUCAUCACCUGACUUCGCCCUCUGUUAGUCAUAAUGCUUCUCCAUGAGAUCGAGAGCACUAGGCAGAUCCGUAUCACGGAGCAAACCGCAUCGACCGAUCGGGAUGCCUCCGAGUCCACAUAUAUGCACUGAAUCCUAGACUUCAGCACUGCGCCCCUUUGUCUUCUCGUCUAUCAGUUCGUCGUCGCUCUCUUCCGCACCGAGCUAUCCUCCGCUUUCCAACCUUCAAACCGCAUGUGUCACAAUCCGAAUGAGUGAGAUGGGACUUCUUGACAGGUCCAACUAAGGGGUGGAGUGAUUAUGAUAUUCUAGAUCCUGCAGCAUGAGCGUGAAACUAUUCGAUAUUUCACACUCAACUUCUCGCGUUAUUUCGUUGAUUUCGAAAACACGUCCCGAGAGAUGCGCUCCAAGCACAAGAAUGGCACUUUCGUUACUCAGUGUUGGCUCAUUCCGCGGAUUCCUCUAUUCUUCCGGCCCACUGUGCCGGGGGAGAUGACCACACUUCCCGAUCGCUUACUUUGGUAUCUACCCUUAGCUUUGAGGCGCAAAUGCGGUACAAUAUCUAUCGUCUUCCUCGCCAGGUUUGGGUGUUCUAGAUUUGGUGCUCAGUUCAAUAUCGACGCCACCGUGAUCAGGGAGAGAAAUAUCAUUUCGAGAGGGUAAUCUGCGGAGUUGCGCCCAUGAAUGUGUCGAAGCCACUGUCAACAAUCCGACAAAGGUUCCGUAACCAGGUUUGAAGUGAAGGCAAAGAUCUAUCCGAUGGAACACGGCUGGGAACUCCCAUGAACUUUCGUUUGGCCGAAAUGAUGUCGUCUAGCGGCCCCUUGUACCAUGUUGUAAAUUGGUGCAGUGGUUUGCGCCUCCCAUGUGCGUCAUACCUGGCAAGCAUCCAACCAAGUAUGUAAAAAAAGGAUUCCAGGUCAUGCCUGUACAACCUUUGGGGAGCGGGGCCUGAGGCGGUCAAUAGGUCAAUGGAAAGGAAAGGGAGGGUGCCAGUGAAGGUAGGCUCAGGUGACAA